CUGUUCUAGUUGUCAGUUUAGUUCUUUUUGUCAUCUGAAGAAGGACGGACUGUUCAACACAAGGAAUAUUACAAAAUAUGUCCAGCUUGGAACAAAGAAUGGAGAAUAUUGAUAAAAUCAUCAGUCAAAGUAGUGAAAUUGGAUUUUGUGUUCCUGCUCGAUAUAAUAUAAAUCCAAGAGUAGACCUUCAUGAUAAAUCUAAGCCAUAUAGACAAAAGACCUUUGGGGAGAGAAAUGACAACAAUAAACCUCAUAAAACCCUUCUGCUGGUGGGAGAAACAGGAACAGGAAAAACAACCCUGAUCAAUGUGAUGAUCAACUACAUGUUGGGUGUGAAGAGAGAAGACAAGGUUUGGUUUGAGAUCACGGAUGAGCUUCCGUCUGAACAGAUGACUGAUGAGCUCUCAGUUCAAAGUCAGACCUCCAGCAUCACUAUUUAUGGGUUUUAUCUACAGGAGAGUCUAAUCGAUUUAACAAUCAUUGACACACCAGGAUAUGGAGACACACGUGAUAUUGAUAAGGACAAAGAGAUCGCCAUGGGUUUGCUUAAUUUAAGCAGAUGUGAUAACAGUAUCCAUGAAAUAGAUGCAGUGUGUCUGGUGAUUAAGUCAACCGUAAAUCGACUCUCUGAAAGACAAAUCUACAUAUUUGAUGCUGUUCAGUCUUUAUUUGGGAAAGAUAUUGCUGAAAACAUUGUCUUAUUCUUCACACAUUCAGCUGGAAAGCAACCUAAAAAUGCUCUGACGGCUGUUAAAGUGGCUAAACUCAAGUGUGCAGUGAAUGAUCAGAAUCAGCCACAUCAUUUCCUGUUUGAUAACUGUCAGUCAGAACCUGCCGAUGGAGAAGAUGAUAAAGAAGAUGAAAAGAUACAGGAACAAUCAUGGGAUCGCAGCUAUAAAGGAAUGGAAAAAUUUUUCACGUUUGUUGAAAACAUAAAACCAAAAACUUUACUGAUGACUCAAAAUGUGUUACAAAAACGAAAUCAGUUGGAAGCAAAAGUGUUAAAUUUACGCUCACGUGUUCAAGAGGUAGAACAAAAGCAAAAAGAGCUUAAACAAACCAAAGAAGCUCUGAAGAAAAAUGAGGAAUAUGCUAAGGAAAAAAAUAACUUUGAGUAUGAAGUUGACGUGCAGUACAAAGAUAGAGUUGAUAUUGAUCCAAAAAAGUGGUGCUUGACUAAAAAGGCAACAUGCUGCACAGUUUGUGAGGAGAACUGUCAUUAUCCAGGAUGCUGGUGGGCCAAAGAUCUCUCAUGGUGCAGCAUGAUGAAAGAUAAUCACUGUGCAGUGUGCACAAAUGAAUGCCACUACAGCAAACACAUCAAAGAAGCAAAAAUAUAUGAAUCAAAGACAAAGAAGGAGAAGAGAACAUAUGAAGAUUUAAGGAGGAAAUAUAAUGUCAAAAUUGAUGACACUGUAUCUGUGGCCACAAAGUUGGAAGAAAAUCUGAAAGAAUUAGAGAAAGAGAAAUUAAAGCUGGUGAUUGAAGCUUUUCACUGUGUGGAAACACUGGAGUUGAUAGCACUCAACACUGAUUCACUGCUCACACUUCAGCACAUUGAUUUUCUGAUUGACAAGCUGAAAGAAAUAAAUGAGCCUGACAAGGCCAAAACACUGGAAGACAUCAAGAAGAGAGCAGGAGAAGAAAAACAAGGAGCACUGGGAUACAUAAAAUGUUUAUUUAGAAAAAAAUAAAUAAAUCCUAUUGCUAGUUAAAAAAAAUUGAUAAAUUCUCUUUAAAAAGUAUCCUUUUAUGUGAUAUAAAGCUGCAUUGUUAAGAUGUGUUCAUAUACAUUUACAUUUUUUUGAGUUUGGCACAGAGUUUGGUGUUUAUGUUCAGUCUUAAAUCUGUAUGUUGUAUUGUCCUGCUGGAUUUAAUCAACAACAAUUAAUCAAUUGUUGAAACUUCAUUAUAAUUAUUUCUAAUGCUCAAUUUGCUCUUAAACUGUGACAUUGAUGGACUGUAUAAUAAAAAUGCAUAUAAUGAAAUACACGUGCUAGAGUACUGAAUCUGUCUGCUCUUGAAAAAGCAGAGGGAAUAUAAAAAUAUAUAUUUACUAAUUUCAAAGUAACUUGUAUGUGGUCUCAGUGGUUUAUAGAAACAGACCUUUCCCAGAUAGCAAACGGCCCACACAGCAAUCAGUGUA